UGAGAGAAGAAAAUGUUUCAGUUUCUGUUACAUUUCACAACUUCAAAAGACAGAAAAUACUUUCAGCAAGCUGUCAAGAAUUUAUGUAGCUAACGGAGAAGAAAAAAAACUUCUAAGCACUCGACACCAUCUUCCCUAUUCAUUUUUAAAUUUCACUUUUAAAGUGAACCUCCGCCCUCAGAGCCUUUCUGUGAAUUCCUCAGUAUAACCAGAUGCAGGGGGCACCCUGCUGCCCUGGGGCAUCCACGGUUUGCCACCUCAUUUGUUCCAAGGAGCACAUGAAGUUGGAGCGGCUGUGGCCGCAGUGAGGGGAUGACGUCAGCACGGCUUUCCUAGGGCAUUGCCAGCUGAGAUCCCACUCCUGGCUGCUGCUCUCUCGGUGUCGGUGCAACAGCUCUUCUAAUCCAAACUGUACAGCUGAGCCCGGGGAGGCUUAAUGCAGGAGAUGUUUUGCUCAUAGCUCUUCAAACUCAUGCAACCUAAUCAGCUCCUCUUGCAUAUGAAGGGUGGAUCUUGCUUCCUGCCCUGCAGAUGCCAUCACCUCUUAGCUUUUUAGCAUCUUUGUGGGACUCUGUGAACUGAAACUUAGCAGUUGCAGCAUUGGCGAGAGACUGCUGAUCUCCAAAGAAACCGCUCCAUUACCCAACUAGCUAAGCAGGAGUACUAGGGACCAACAUUACACUUUAUAUCUCUCUUCAUGGCUUUGAAAGACAGCAACGGCAGCUGUAUCCUGCCCAUUAGCGAGGUGUCUCCUCCGUUCCCGGAGGUGGUUGAACUGAACGUAGGUGGACAGGUGUAUGUCACCAGGCACAGUACUCUGCUCAGUAUACAGGACAGCACUUUGCAUGGCAUGUUUUCCAGGACUAGCCUCAAGGACUUGCCCCGAGAUAACCGUGGCCGCUUUUUCAUUGAUCGAGACGGUUUCCUCUUUAGGUACGUUCUGGACUACCUCCGCGACCGGCACCUUGUCCUGCCCGAUCACUUUCCGGAGAAGGAACGACUUCUGAGAGAGGCCGAGUACUUUCAGCUCCAGGACCUUGUCAAACUGCUAAGUCCCAAGGUCACCAAACAGAGCUCACUCAAUGAUGAAGGCUGUCAGAGUGAUCUCGAAGAGAGCUCCCAUGACAGCGGUGACCCGGCUUCAGCCUGCUCAAUAUUUUCUGAUAAAAAGUCCGGCUUCAUCACCUUGGGCUACCGAGGGUCCUACACCCUGGUGCGGGACAACCAAGCAGACGCGAAAUUUCGGCGGGUAGCGCGUAUCAUGGUAUGUGGACGCAUUGCCCUGGCCAAAGAGGUGUUUGGGGAAAGCCUGAACGAGAGUCGUGACCCCGACCGACCACCGGACAAGUACACGUCCCGCUUUUACCUCAAGUUCACGGCCCUAGAGCAGGCGUUCGACCGGCUCUCCGUAGCCGGCUUCCACAUGGUGGCAUGUAACUCGACAGGCACAGCGGCGUUUGUGAACCAGUACCGUGAGCCCCAGGACAAAGUAUGGAGUAGCUACACCGAGUACAUCUUCUUUCGUGAGUAA